UUUUCUUCUCUUCAUUUUAAUGUCCACCUCUGUCCUCCACAAUUCUUCCAUUUUCACUUUUCAUCUAUCACUUAUAGACGUUGGCGAGCUUCAUCCAUCGACUGUAGAAACAAUUAGGGUUCAGCCACUAAUUCAUGAGCUCUGUCGUCGCCGUUGACCUUGCCUUGUCCAGGUUCGCUAUUCGCCUCCGUAACUGGCUAUUCCUCCUCUGCACAAACUUCACGAGCACCUCCUUGUUGUGGCUCACCACAAGUUCCCUAUUGUGUGCGUACCCUUGUUUGGGUCGUCUUCCGCCACCGGACGCUCACACACGUCAAGCCUUCAAUCUCGCUCUCUCACUGCUACCAGCAACGACGAAGUUUCUUCCGAUUCAUGUUACUCAUGUCACUCAUGUUACAACUAUUUCAGUAGGAACUCGUGCUUACAUAGAUCCUGACUACUAUAUAUCUGGAAGGGUGAGUAACAAAAGUGAUGUGUAUAGUUUUAGAGUGUUCUUGUUUGAACUCAUAUUCUCUAUCCACCCAAGUUUGGUUGCAGGCACAAAUAAUGAGACUCUUGCACAGUUUGCAAAUAUUAUGGUUAUGAUGCUCCAAUUGAUGAGUAUGGAACUAUUAGAUAGACCAAGUGGGGCCACCUUAAAGACUUGCAUAAAGCCAUUAAACUUUGUGAAGAAGCACUGGCAACUACUGAUCCAAAUAUUGCAUCUCUUGGACCAAACAUAGAGUAGCUAUGGGGACCACAUCAUGAAACCAUUUGCAUCAAGAUUCUUCAUUCAUCACACCAAAAUCAGAAAAACGAGUUGAUUUUACCACUGGAAUAUUCCGUUUUGGGAGGGAUACUGAAGUUGUUACUAAGGUUUGGACAUUCAUUUAGCGGAAGUGGAAUACAACAUGUUAUUAGAAUGAUGGGUUCUAAGCCAUCAAAUGCCAUAACUUUCAGACUAACCUUUUUGUGACUAAGUCAUCUGAAAAAUUUUAUUAACUUUGGAGCUGGUAAUUUCAACUUCUUUUUCUUGUAUAUAUGCCUCUCUACACAGUAGGUUGGCAGGAGCCUCAAACCAUCUAUUGACCUUUUUUGCAAAAUAAUGCAUUUAAUUGCUUCUGCAUUUUCAAUUUA